AUGUUGCGACAGUCGGCUGGUAAAUGCGCUCGCUUGUCUACACUUCUCGACUUUUGUUCAUGUCUGAGGGGAGAAACAGCUUCGAAACCGGUGUCAGUUCAACGACACGACUUGCCUAGACUUUGUAGAAGAAAUCUCGCAACGCGGGCUGUGCCAUCGACUGACAAGCAGAGAUGGUCUCAAGACAAACAAAAAGAAAGAGAUGGACCUCAGAGAACGCAAAACUCUAUCUAUCCCGACUCAAAGGCGGCAGAUCGUCGACAUCCAAACGCACCUCAGCUUUUUCUGCACUUCAAAAGGCGUGUUGUUCCUGGCCAGGAGGCAUCGAGUCCGAAAUCGUCCAAGCAGCGCAGCUCAAGUGACACAUUUAUUCUUCGAAAUGUUUCCGCAGAUCCUGGGCUCAAGCAGCUUUACACAUCGCUCGGUAUGGCCGCCGAUGCACACGAUGCUGUGCAGGCAUCCAGACUCUGCCAGCUGAUCAAGGAGAGGAAGGUGCAAAUCGUUGGUCCUUCCGGUAACAUCUCCUUCGAAACGGAAGAGAAGGUUGUGUUUUUGGCCGUGAUGCGUGCACUGGCCCACCAUGGUAUGCUGGCAGAGGCUAAAGCCAUCAAUGCCGACAUGCUCUCUUUUGGGUUCGAGGAAUCCAUCGACUCUCUCAAUUGUCUGCUGCAGGCAGCCAUUAUCUGCGGUGAUGAAAAAGCGAUCGGUGACACUCUUCAAAGUAUCUCUGCUCUGCAGCCUCCCACCUCUUUAGCACAAGAGCAAGCUUCAGCACAAGAGCGAUCAGGCAAGCUGGCCGAGCUGUUACUGGGCGAAUCUUCCAGUACUGUUUCCGCCAAGUCCUCUCCCAGCACCGGGUUGACGUUGCCUUUAGAAAUGAUGCGCAAUUGGAAUUCGACAACAUUGGCACAUAUGCUGGACAGUGCCUGUCAAGACCACAAUCUCGAAUACGCCCUGCUGUUGCUUUCGACGUGCUAUCGUAUGGGCCUAGCUUUGCCACACCAGAGUCUAUCCCGACUUAUCACCCUGUGCGUCCACUGCGACGAAUACAGAACCGCCGUCGAGCUGGCUGGUCUUGUGGAACAAGGCGGAUUGAUCUACGCCGAGUCUGCUUCGAAACACUCACUACCAAGCGACAGAUCAAGUCUCCACGCGCUUGGAUUCGAAGCGCAGAGCGGUCAAAUAGCUCGUCGCUUGCCUCCUAGUAUAUGGAUGUCGGUGCUUCGAGCAUGUGCAGAAGGAGGCUACUUGCCAGGCGUAGAACUCGCGUGGUCCAAAGCAGUGAUCCAAGGUCUACUGUCUCCUGAUGAUGGGCUCGUGCAGCUCAUCCUCGCCCUAGCUGCCAAGGAAGGGAGCGUCCAGAUGGCGUACAUGUGUCUUCGUCACAUCGAUCCCACCUUCGACUUAACAUCAUUUCCAUCUUCUUCCACCCAAUCCGCUCCGGAGCCAGCGUCCAGAUCUGCGCGAAAGAUGUCAAGACCGUCCAAGCGCAUUGAGCUACAGGAAUGGCAUCUAGCGCCUCUCUUUGAAGCGCAGUGCAGUGCACAUGACUAUGAUGGCGCGAUGCGCUCCUUGCAUGCGUUCCACUGUCGUGGCAUCCAAAUCACAGAACGCAUCACAUCUCGAAUCAGCACGUCGAUCUAUCCGGACAAAGCGUGCCUGCAGCUGGCUAGGGACGCACUUAGUCGAUGUGCUACCAAUCCUGCUGUGGGCACACACAAGGCUAUCGCCAACGCUGUUAUCAGUGCAGCAGUUUGGCUCGGCGAUCUGGCACAAGCGCUCGAAAUUUACCACGCGAUGCGUUCGUACCAUUGUUUUGCCAGUCCAGACCGUGUUACGCCACCUUAUCAUGCACGCAAGAUGGUCGAGCCAAAUCUUGACACGUUCAACUCGCUUCUCAGUGGAUGUAUCGACGCGGCCGACUACGAGACUGGCGUGCAGCUGCUCAAGGACCUCAACCAACUCAAAAUGCGGCCCAACGUGGUGACAUUCGAGCGAAUGAUCGUGCUUUGUUUGACGCAGUCCAACUACGACGAUGCGUUCGGAUUACUCGAAGAGGCCAAGGACAAAGACAUCAUCCCAAGCCGCAAGAGCUACGAGGCAGUGAUACGUAAGUGCUUUCACGAGAAGGACCAUCGCUGGGAAAGCGUCCUGGCCGACAUGAAGGACCAAGGCUAUCGACCGAAUCCGCAACUCGUGCGCGAGCUCGAGCAGGAUGCCGACUCACGCGUACAAUCCUAA